AGGUCUCUUUCUCCCCCGAGAUGCCGUCGGUCGACGCAGGGGUUCGGCGACGCCCAUUCGAGGAAGCGCUGGCCGCGGCGGUGGCACGGCGUGUCUCCGCGGAAGAGUGGCGGCAGCUGCAGGUGCUGGGCCUCUGCGUGCCUUCCUGGUGCCCCAGGGCCGCGGAGCGGCCCUUGGGCUGGCGCCAAGUGCUGCGUCGGCUGGGCUUAAGCCAUGGGCCCCAGGUCCCGCUGCUCGCCAAGGUGCGGCUGCGCCUGGGCCCUUCCGAGGCGGAGGCCGGCUACAGCCUGCAGCGGCUGUUGGAGACCCGGCCUUUGGAGGCGCCGGCCUGGUACCUUUGGCCGGCCGCCUGGCCCGCUCGCCCCCCGCGCACCGCCUUCCGCAUGGCCCUGCCCACGGCCUUCUACAUGGCGUUCCACUGGGGCCUCUACAUCACGCGCCUGCACGCUAGCUCUCGCCACCGGGUGGCGCUCUGUGCGAUCCCCAAGGUGGGUUUGACGCAGUUUUUCUUCAUGAUGCAUCGGAUUUACGGGUUGAACAAGACCCUGGAUGACCUCUCCCAUGCGGCGUCGCGGUACGACGAGCGGAAGGUGCAUUACUCGCUGCACUACGACUUUUGGAAAGAUCCGCGGUGGAAGUUCGUGGUUUUCGUGCGCGAUCCCCUGGAGCGCUUCCUGUCCGCCUUUUUGGACAAGUGCCUCAAGCUGUCCACCCACUGCAGGGAGGACCACAGAAGAGGUUGGGAGAACGUCACCGACAGGAGCGGAUUGCCCGAGAAGGUCCGGGCCUUCGACUUCUUCGUGGCGCAGCCCGUUCCAACGCUGGGAAUGCUGGAGGAUGAUCACUGGAUCUUGCAGGCCGUCUACAUCGAGUUUGGGUGCAGCUUCUGGUGGCAGCGCCUGGACUUCGUGGGGCUCCUGACGGCGGACAAGGCCGCGGUGAACUUCCAGGUCCGCGAGAUGCUGCACGGCGUCUUCGGCUUCUCGUGGCGCAGUGCCGUCCAGCUGGCGGACGAGUUCUUCCCCAAGCGGGGCUUCUCUACGGAGGUGGACGCGGAUCACAGCAACAUCUACCGGGAGGGCCAGCAGGACCGCGCCACGGCCGCCCUGCGGACCUUCUACCGGAAGAAGGACACCCUGCACAGGGUGCUGCGCUACGUUUGGCAGGACUAUGUAGCUUUCCGGAUGCGGCUGCCGCGAUGGGCGCAGCCUUUGGCCAAUGUAAGUCUCUAGCAAAAGGCGCAGGGUGGAUGCCUGAAAAUUGCAGG